AUGUGGAGCCACUUGAGUACCAUUUCUUAUUGCAAACUCUCUCCGAGAAUCAGGAGAAUAUCCGCAGCAAGCUUGACCUCGAAUCGCAAUCUAUCAACCAUGGUUUCUACUGAAGACCCAGAGCUCAGAGACUUCGUUGGCUUUUUGGAAUCUCUCAAAAACUAUGAGAAAGCAGGUGUGCCCAAGGGAGCUGGAACCGAUUCCGGUGAAGGGUUCGAUCUCGGUAGAAUGAAACGUCUCAUGCUUCGUCUCGACAAUCCUCAUUUCAAUUACAAGGUUGUUCAUGUGGCUGGAACAAAGGGAAAAGGGUCAACUUCUGCUUUUCUCUCAAAUAUCUUACGAGCUGGAGGAUAUUCAGUUGCUUGUUAUUCUAGCCCACAUAUAUUGAGUAUCAAAGAACGUAUGUCAUGUAAUGGAGUUCCUGUCUCUGCAGCCACUCUCAAUGAUGUCUUCAAGUCAAUAAAACCGAUCCUUGACCAGUCUAUCCAAGAGGAAAAUGGUUCUUUGAGUCAUUUUGAGAUUCUCACUGGGAUAGCCUUUUCUUUGUUUGCGAAAGAAAACGUCGACAUUGCAGUUAUAGAGGCUGGGCUUGGAGGAGCUCGAGAUGCCACAAAUAUCAUUGAAAGCUCAAAUCUUGCUGCAUCAGUGAUAACAACGAUAGGUGAGGAACAUUUGGCUGCUCUUGGAGGUUCCUUAAAAACCAUAGCAGAGGCCAAAUCUGGAAUUAUUAAACACGGUCGUCCAGUGGUUUUAGGUGGACCGUUUCUUCCUCAUAUCGAAGACAUUCUUCGUUCUAAAGCAGCAUCAAUGUCAUCACCAGUUAUAUUGGCAUCUGAUAUUGGAUCAAAUUCUUCAGUCAAACGCAUCAUCGACAGAAACGGGGUCGGGCUUCGUCAGUCCUGUGAGAUUGUAAUACAAAAUGAGAAAGAUGAUAAACCAAUUGUUGAGCUUGGUGAUGUGAAUCUACGCAUGCUUGGACAUCACCAGCUCCAAAAUGCUGUUACCGCCACAUGUGUAUCUCUCUGUCUUCGAGAUCAAGGAUGGGGGAGAGUUACAGAUGAAGCUAUUAGGAUUGGUUUAGAGAACACUCGUUUACUUGGUAGAAGUCAGUUUCUGACACCAAAAGAAGCAGAGGCUUUACAGUUACCCGGAGCAACAGUGCUUCUUGAUGGAGCUCACACGAAAGAUCUGCGCGAGCUCUAA